AUGGGCUGGCAUAUGUUGAUUAGGCCGCCGGCCGUCUCAGGUUUGGAACUAGUCGCCUAUGGACAAUGUCCAUGGGCUUCGGUCUGCUCGGGGCCCAUUGCCCUAUUCGAACGGCAAUUCUCUGCUUCAUCUCAACCCCAAGUGAAGCCAAAAGACACUUGGACCAUCGGCGAGAGCCGGCUUGGUUACAGGGCAGGGCAGAGGAGUCAAGAAAGAGCCGGGUCUCACAAAACCCCCACAUGGCUCUGUCCAUUCUGUGAUCCAGCCGCUGAACUCCUUGGCAGCUGCUCGCUCGUAAAUGUCAUGUUGACAUGGGAAGAGGAAGCCCUGCUAUUGCGGAAGAGUCGACUCAAACUUCACAAGCAGCCGACGCCAUUGACGGACCACGGACGACAAGACCUCGGCGUGGCCUCAGAAACAGCCGGUCGACAAAGCGUGGCGGCGCCACGGCCGAACGCCUCUCAAGCAGCGGGGGAUCAGCGACGUCCAACAGAGUUUCUCAGCCCCAAUCCAAUGGCCAUCCCCUCCCCUGUUGACGAUGCCAUGCCAUGCCGUGUCCUGUCGUGCAAUGCCAUGCCGUGGCUUCAGAAGCCCGUCAGCUCUAACCAUCCUCUCUCAGGUCAUCAAUGCCCUGCCUAUGCCUGCCCCGUGUGUCUGUUUCUGUCGGCAACGGGCGCGGCGUUCGGCUGCAUCGGGAGUCGAGUCCUGGGUUCGUCGGUGGCGCUCACGGCUAAUGCUCCCAAGGACGGGACAAGCCAGCGCGAAGUCUUCUGGAAAAUCGUAGAGACCAUCCUUUCUGCCUUCUGGCGGCGAGCCCUCGUCUUGGUCUGCAGCCUUCUUGCAGCAACCAAGACGCUCGCUGGAAUGCAGAUGCAGGCUCGCCCCCUCGGCAGAUUUCCCUGCUCGCCCGACGGCUCCAGGGGCUGUUCUCUGCUCGUCAUGAUUGGCGCUUCUCGACGUGGGUGGUGGCUCCGUCAAAUACACCUUCUGCUUCAGGCAACAUGGUCGCAUGCUCUCACAAGCCCACCCCUGAAAGCUGUUCUCUCACUGGCCCAGCUCGAGAGCCGGCCAUCGACACCAUGGAUGGCGUUGCCGUGCUGUCUGGGGAACGAUAACGUUAGCAAGCCCUGGCCGUUUUCCCUUGCUGUUACCGUCCUACCGUCGCCGCAGAGAGCAAACCCCCCCAGUCCAGUUCCAGCCCAGUCCACUCCCCAGCCCGAACCCAGACCCGCUCUCUGCUUGUCCCUGCUCGCGCUUGGUGUUGGUGCUGGUCCUGCUGCUGCGCUGCUGCUGCUCGCUCGGUCGUGCUGGUUGCUGGCUGGUGCUCCGAGGCUUUCCACUCGCCUCAGCCCGUCACUGACUGCUCUUGAGCCAGCGGUACGGGCAUCUCUUGUCCGCCCUGCGCGCCUCCAGGCGAACAUGUUCAAUCAACCAUCCGGCGGGCCUCGUGCUUCCGACUCCAACGGGCAACCCUCUUAUGGCUUCACCGAUCAAGCCUGGCCAAGGUAUGGCCUCGCCAACAACUCGGCUUCCUUCUCGACCGACCAUUCCCAGUCCAUCUAUGCCUCAGACCGGCAAUAUGGCGACUCCUCCGGCAUGGACUGGGCGCCGACCCCAACCGACUAUCAGACACGCUUUCAACACCAAGACGCUAUAACCGAAAAUGUCGAACUCGACAACAUGAGUCCUCAAGCCGGAGGCGGCGUUGGUCGUCUUGUCGCGCAUUUCGAGAACAAAGGCUUUGCGCCGCCGCUUCCCCCGAGACCAUCCAACACGAUAUCAAGUCCAGUCAACCAAGAGCCGUCUGUUUCGUCGCCGUUCGGUACCUUCAGCGUCGCAUCUCCCAUCCUCACGAGCCCUCUCGCCAGCCCUUCCGAACCCAACUAUGGGCUUCUGGGUGACCAGUCGAGGGUCGCCAGCCCGAUUGCUAGCCCACCUCCCAUAGCAUUUGGCGGAUAUCAUGAUAUGUCGGUAUCCAGUCCAGGCGUUGGAUCCUCGUCCGGACACUUUGGAAGUAUGAAUAGCUUCAUGGUCAACAACAGAGUAGCCACCCCCAUGGAAACAACCAUGGCUGCGUCGCCCAUGGUGGCAGCCUCCAUGAUGAAUAACCCCAAAGUCGCCUCUCCGAGCCCGGCUGCUCCAGGUGUGCCAGGCACUCCUGGGUUUGCCAUUUGGCGACCACCUGUGCCAAUGACUCCCAAACCUACCAUGGAUCAAUUCCAAGGUACUAGUAGUUCCUCCACUUCCGGUGGCUAUUUCGCAAAACCUCCCAUCCCCUCAACUCCUAAACCAGUCAUGAAUGCUGGAAGCCAGCUCGUCUUGGACUUCAACUCCAACUCUGGCUCCAUUGCAAAGGGCAAGGCUCCAAUGAGACCUCCCGCGAAACCAAGACACCCAGUUCGACAACCAUCACGAUCACAAAUAUCCACACCCGCAGCCUUCAGUCCUGCUAUCAAACGUGAACCUUCAACACCACACUUAUCUCAAGCUUCUCCUGCUCCACAUACAUUGGCGAGUGAACGCAGAAGUUCAGUAUCCCAAAGAUCACAAACAGGGAGUCGACCUUCGAGGGAACAAGUCCCUGCGGAGGCCUGGGAGUCGUUCAAGAACACGAUUCGAACUCUCUACCUCGAUGAACGAAAGCCGCUCAAGGAGGUCAUGUCCAUCAUGGCUGACAAGUACGGCUUUCAGGCAACCCCCAAGAUGUACAAAACUCGCUUCUCACAGUGGGGUUUCGUCAAAAACAACACCGAGGAGGAGGUUAAGCGUCUGCUCUCGAAGAAAUUUCAACGAGAUGCUGAGGGAAAAGUAUCCGAGUUUGUUCGCAACGGCAAGGUUGUCAACCUGGGCACGUAUCUGAAGCGAAAGGGCGUCACCGAGUACGACUUGAUCGAUUUCGAGUUGCCGGCCGAGCUCCCAGCUCACAUCCGAUGUCGAACUCCGACUCCUCCACCUGCGCCAGGAUACCUCCAGUCCCCUGAUCUGCUCCGGGCGCAGGAGACUAUCAUCAGCAACAUGAGGAAGGCCUUUUUGCAGUGUCGACAAUUCGAGGUGGAAACCGAUGCUCAGGUUGGAUGGCAGACCAUCAUGGUGUGGGGAGCAGGAUCCAGCGAUCUUUUGCUCGAGGCAAACCACAACUUCGAAAGGAGGGACACUGACCAGGGUGGACAUUUCCUAAUGAAGGCCUUCAAGCAGCUCGAAGUCGAUUUGAAGAAGCUAUCACCCCAAGGAAUCCAGGAGCUGCUUCUUGGUAUGGUCCGUCGUGAUCCUGGCAUGAUGACGGCCUUGUGCAAGUAUCUGGCGGCAUACUCAACAACCAACUUUGAGCGGUCACAUCCUCUGCGACAAAUCUUUGCCUGUUUAUAUGAGGUUCAGCAAAAACACGGCCCAGGGACACUCUCAGACCUUUUAUGGGCCAGCAUCCCCACCAUUGCGGAAGAAUUGGAGGCCAUCUAUGGGCGAAAACAUCCGUAUGUGGCUCGAACGUGGACCGAUUUGGCGACCUUCUAUAACCACGCGAACCCCGAGCGAUUGGAGAAGUUGGUGGCAGAACUUCGACUUCUGCAACGGCAAAUGGAGCACCGACAAGGCGCAAACAGCGUUGAGGUCUUUGUGUUGCGAUAUACCAUUGUACAACUAAUGGUUGCUGCACAUCCCCAAUCAGAUGCAACGAAGCAAACGACCAUCGAUCUGUGGCAUCAUGCGCGAGGGAUGGGACUCAUAUUCCCUGUUCGAGGUCAACAGCCCAACGUCUUUUGUUAUCACAGUCCCGUCAAGGUCGAUCCUUGGACGAAGCGAUGUCGACGAAGAUAUGACUCUGGAGUUCGGCUUCUCGAGGAGCAUGUGGGCGUGCAAGUCAUCCCAUACUUUGAAGAGGACUUUCACACGACGGAACACGCCCCGGAGCACAUGCCACAGCAGCAGCAACAACAGCAGCACCACCAUCAUCAACAACAGCAGCAACAACAACAACAGCAACAACAACGUGCGCCGCAGCUGCAGGCGCAGGACUCGUGGGCGGCCGCAAUGGAGCAGCAAAUGGGGGGCAACAAGUGGUCGUUCAUCUGA